UUUUCUUCGAAGCUUUUUGAAUCAAUGAUCAACGGAAUUCGGCAUAGACGAAAUAUUCGCAUGCUUUUCAUUUGGAAUGAGGAGUAUACCAGCGCAUCGAGUCAGAAACGUCUACAGUUGCAGCUACAGCAACAAUUGGUCUUUCAAUAUUGCGCCGAAAUGCGCCUACUAAAUGUAAUCGGCAUAUACCGGGACUACUUGAAAGACGGACACUUUUACACAUACAGCUAUUUUCCCCGGUUCCAUCUUCAACGUAAGACACUUGACGAGGAUUGCUUUCCCAAUCGUAUAAGGGACUUAAAAGGCGCAGCCUUACGUACGCUGCCCGAUCAGCUCGAGCCAUGGAGUAUUGUGUGGCGCAAUCGUAAUGGUGAGAUACAAAUCGGUGGAUUUUUGACAAAAAUUUUGCGAGAGUUUGCUAAACAAAAUAAUGCCACGCUCACCUAUCCACUACCGUUGGAAACGGAUGUUUUUGUAGAACGAGAGACAUGGACUGCUCUCUUACAAAAUGAUACGAUUGAUAUGGUAAGUGCAAUCACGAUUGCGGGAGAUGGUAACGACACGAUAGAUGAAAGUGUACCCGUGCGGCUAGUGGAUUGGACAGUUAUGCUACCGCUGCCUGAACGAAUACCCGAAAGCGAAAUACUUGUGUUCCUUCUCAAUUCAAUAUUGGGUCUAUUUCUACUUAUACUACUCUUUGUUUUUUCUUCCGUACUCACCUUUGAGAACUUGAUUAUGCAGCGCCGAACAGCAACUGAGAGUUGUGUCUUCUUCCUUUGGACACUCACCAAUGUAGUGCUUCGUGGCGUAAUAGGUCAACCGUCGUUCGUCCGUGUAGAUAUUUCAGCAAGAUUCUUAAAACGCUUCCUAUAUAUAAUACUCUUGUUGAGUGGGAUUUUCAUGAGUACAUUUAUAUCUGCCAGUCUUCAAUCAUAUCUGACGAGCAGUCUACGUUAUCCUCGCUUAAACAAUAUUAAAGACUUCUACCGCACGGACAUGAAAAUCAAAAUAAGUCAAUAUGAAUACAAUUUGCUUCCUGGAUAUUUUUCACCAAAUUAUAUUAAAGUGUUAGAUCGAAUACUCGAAAUCGUACCGUCAUUUGCAGAAAUCCAAAGGCAGCGUACAAUACACGAUGCUCGGUAUGCUUUCACCAUACUUAGCCCAAUGUGGUCUGUCAUGAUGAAGUAUCAAUCUCAUUUGCGGCAACCGCUAUUCUAUGUGAGUGAAGGUAUUUAUGUAAGUAAGAGCAUACCGAUGGCGAUACCAAUGCAGCCGAAUUCGAUUUACCGUGAAGACCUAAACAAUAUGAUCCAUGACAUACAAAGCGUGGGAUUGUUGAAGUUAUGGACAGAUCAGGUGUACGACGAUAUGGUGGCAUCGAAAAAGCUAAACAUUACUAAUGCAGUGAACGACGUGAGAAGUGAACAAUUGAAUUUAACCAGCUUCUAUUGGCUAUGGUGGAUGUAUGGCGUCGGUGUGAGUCUUUCAAUCUUGGUGUUCUUCGCUGAACUUUGGUAUUACAAAAGAGCGAAGAAGAAGACUUUGGCGAAGCAGAAAAAUAUAAGGAGCAGAACCAACGAACAGCGUGAAAGACUACAGCUUGGCUAGUUUGGGAUACUUAUAGAUUUUGAGAUUGUACUAAGAUUCCACUAAUUGUUUUUGGUGUAAAAUCUUAUUGAAAUAUAAUUGUAAUAAAAU